GGCAGAUCUAUCUUUCCUCCGGGCAUGUAUUUCAAACUACUAUAAAUUAAGAUCCUUUGCCACUCAAGAUGUGAAAUUGAUUUCUGUGGAAUUCUUUAUAAAUUCUUUAUGGCCUUUCCAUGGUAACAUCUCGAGCUUCCCCCUAAAAGUUCCCAAGAAGUUGGAAGAACCAGUGCAGUCAAUAUGGAUGGAAUUCAGAUCAAACACAGUGAGAAAUGUGAAGAAAUUAGACGAAUUCUUAGUGAACUUGAUGACCCAUUAGAGUGUUUGAUAAUGGUUGAUUCACUGCAACGCCUUUGCAUCGAUUACCACUUUGAAGAUGAGAUCACUACAGUCUUAAACAACCAAUAUGGAACCCUUAAUUCUUCUCACAAUGUUGACUUGCAUGUCUUGGCUUUGCAUUUUCGAUUGCUGAGGCAAGCUGGUUAUUUUGUUUCUACAGACAUCUUUGACAGCUUUAAGGACAAGGAGGGACAGUUUAAACAAGAAUUAAGUGAAGACAUUAGAGGACUGAUGAGUUUAUAUGAAGCUUCCCACCUUGGAAUGGAAGGAGAAGAUACUCUUGAUCAAGCCAACUACUUCGCUCACAAGCACCUUAGUGAUGCUAGGAUGAGUACUACUCUCCAACCUGAACUAGCUAGAGCUGUCAGUGAUACCUUGGAGUAUCCCUAUCACAAGAACCUAGCUAGAUUCAAGGCCAAACACUACGACCUAAGUAGUCUUCAUGGCACAUAUGGAUGGGUCAGUCUUGUAAAGGAACUUGCGAGGAUGGAUUUUAACAUGGUUCGAUCUUUAUAUCAACAAGAACUCCUUCAAAUUUUUAGGUGGUGGAGGGAGUUGGGUUUAUCACAAGAGUUGAAGUUUGCUAGAGACCAACCACUAAAAUGGUAUCUGUGGUCCAUCACAGCUCUCCCAGAUCCAAAGGACUCCCAGCUAAGAAUGGAGCUCACAAAACCCAUAUCACUUGUUUAUAUUAUUGAUGACAUUUUUGACGUUGGGGGGACAUUAGAAGAACUUACCCUCUUCACUACAGCAGUGAACAGAUGGGAGAUUACCAGCAUUGAGGAACUGCCAGAAUACAUGAAGAUUUGUUUCAAGGCUCUUGAUGAUAUCACCAAUGAAAUUAGUGAUAAAGUCCUUAAUGAACAUGGGUGGAACCCCAUCGGCACCUUACGGAUGGCGUGGGGAGGCCUUUGUGAGGCAUUUCUGAUAGAAGCCAAAUGGUUUGCGUCCAAGCUGGUGCCUAAGUCAAGGGAUUACCUGGAGAAUGGUGUGAUAAGCUCAGGAGUGCCUCUUGUUUUGGCUCAUUUGUUCUUUCUACUAGGCCAAGGUCUAAACAAGGAGAGUGUAUAUUAUGUUGAACGCAAUCCACCACUCAUAUCUUGCACAGCAGUAAUUCUUCGUCUAUGGGAUGACUUAGGAAGUGCCAAGGAUGAGAAGCAAGAAGGACACGACGGAUCAUACAUAGAAUGUUAUAUGAAGGAACAUGAAGAGGAUUCAUCAAUUGAAAGUCCAAAAAAUCAUGUCUUUUGCUUGAUUUCAGAUUCUUGGAAGCAACUCAAUGGAGAAUGCCUUUCGAUGAACCAUUUCUCACCUUCCUUCAAAAGGGCCUCACUUAAUAUAGCCAGAAUAGUCCCUUUGAUGUACGGUUACAAUGACAGCCAGAGCCUUCCAAUCCUUGAGGACUAUAUCAAGUCACUGCUCAACGAAAGUGUUUCUUUCUAAUUGAAAUCUUUCUUGAGAGAAAGCAGUACGAUUCCUUGAGAAUGAAUGUUAUGGCGUCUUCCAAAAGAAGGGCAACCUAUCUAUCAAAAAGUAAAUGAAUGCCAUGAUCAAUUAUUGUAUCUAGAGUUAGAAAUAAAAUUGUACCUAUUCAUA